AUGGAUUCCAUCAAAGUCCUUGCUUCCAAUUCAAUCAAGGCACCAAUAUCAAGUUAUCAUAAAAUCGAUUUGACUCCAUGGGAUCUCCAAUUUCUCCCAAGUUGUAUCAACAAAAAAGGUCUUCUUUAUAAUCAUUCAUUAGGAGACAACCAAAUUCAAGAGCUGAAACACUCUCUAUCCUCUGCCCUUGCCAUUUUUCCACCUUUUGCAGGUCGUCUCGAAAUAACACAACACAAAGAUAACACAGUUUCUUGCUGUAUUAUUUGCAACAAUGAAGGUGUACUCUUUAUCCAUGCUGCAGCAGAGAAUACCUGUGUUACUGAUAUCUUAGAAUCCACAUAUGUUCCUCCGAUUGUCCAUUCAUUUUUUCCUUUAAAUGGAGUUAGAAACUGUGAAGGAACGUCGAAUCCAUUGUUGGCGGUUCAGGUCACGGAGCUAGUUGAUGGAGUUUUCAUUGGCUUCACGUUUAACCAUGUGGUCGCUGACGGAAAGUCCAUGUGGCAUUUCAUCAAUUCAUGGGCUGAAAUUUCACGUAGUCAUUGUCAUCCUCAUCAAAUAUCAAAAGUUCCAACAUUUGAGCGUUGGUUUCCAAAAGAUAUUCAACUUCCCAUACGAUUUCCUUUUACUAUGGAGCCACAGGAUAAUCCCUCAGAUAGAUUGAGUUUUGUGUUGUCUCAUAACGAAAAACGUCUAAUGGAGAGAAUAUUUCACUUCACAAAGGAUAAAAUUGCACAGCUGAAAUUCGAAGCCAACACAAAGAUUGGUAGUACCAACAAAAUAUCUUCCCUACAAGCACUUUUAACUCAUCUUUGGUGUUGUGUAACUCGUGCUAAAAAAUUUGAACCGCAUGAAGAAGUUCAUAGUAUCUUCAUCAUAGGAGUUAGACCAAGGUUUGUUCCACCACUAGAAGAAUAUUAUUUUGGAAACGCAAUUAUAAGUAGUGUGGUUACUAUGAAAUCUGGGGAGUUGUUGGAAGGUGGGUUGGCUAAAGGUGCUUUGGAGAUAAACAAAAAAAUUGCUUCACACUCUGAUAUUAGUUUGAAGAAUCAAUAUGAGUCUUGGUUGAUAAAUCCAAGACUUAUAAAUAUUGAAAGCAUGCUAUAUAAUAAUUUCUUAUUGAUCGGUAGUUCUCCUCGUUUUGAUGUUUAUGAUAAUGAUUUUGGAUGGGGAAAACCUGUAGCAACUCGCACUGAAAAAAAGAUAAAUGGGUAUGUCAGUGUGUAUAUGGGAAUAGAAGAAGGUAGUGUGGACCUUCAAGUAUGUCUCCCUUAUGAAAUUUUAGAGGCAAUGGGAAAUGACCACGAGUUUAUGAAAUAUGUCUAA